CGGCCGGGGUGGGCGGUGUGUUCUAAUUCUGUCAGUUUUCAGUGACUUUUCACCAUGGCAUUUCUUGACAUUCGACUGAAAAAAGUGAACAAAAUAUACCACGAGGGGGAGGUAUUAGCUGGGCUGGUUGUAGUUCAGAGUAAAACCGAUGUUCAACAUCAGGGUAUAACGCUAGUCGUAGAUGGUUCAGUCAACCUGCAGCUCAGUUCGAAGAGUGUCGGACUCUUCGAAGCCUUCUAUAACUCCAUCAAGCCGAUACAACUCCUGAACUACGUUGUAAAUGUCGCCAAACCAGGCAAGAUCCCCGCCGGGAAGACAGAGAUUCCGUUUGAGUUACCACUGAAGCCUAAAGUUAAUAAGAGCUUGUAUGAGACGUACCAUGGUGUCUUUGUCAAUAUUCAGUACACCAUAAAGGGUGAAAUGAAGCGCCCUCUACUGGCCAAAGCUCUGACCAAGUCGUUAGAGUUCAUCGUUGAGUAUAAAGAACAGACGGAGAAGGCUCAACCUAAACCGGUUCCGUUCAGCAUCGCACCGGACUCUCUACAGAAUGUCAAAGAUAAAAGCGGUCUGCCACGGUUCAGCAUCAACGGUAAGCUAGACUCGGCCUCAUGUUGCAUAAAGAACCCCCUGACCGGCCAGGUCAUCAUUGACUACUGCGACGCACCAAUCAAAUCUGUGGAACUACAGCUUGUACGUGUGGAGACAUGCGGCUGUGCUGAGGGCUACGCAAGGGAUGCAACGGAAAUACAGAAUAUUCAGAUCGGCGAGGGCGACGUUUGUCGUGGAUUAACGAUACCAAUGUACAUGGUGUUCCCGAGACUCUUCACUUGCCCAACGCUCUCAACGAGUAACUUCAAAGUCGAGUUUGAGAUCAACCUUGUGGUAGUCCUGCAAGACGACCAUUUAAUAACAGAGAAUUUUCCCAUCAAACUCACCCGAUUUUAGAUCGCAACAAAGAAUAGAAUUUCCUUCCAUAAAAACAAAUGUAAAGUUUGCAUUUGGGUUUUUUUUUUUGCCAAUGAAACCUGUGGGUCAGCAACUGGCUAGCACAGUCUAUACUCCGGUAUUUUGUAAAUACAAAUUCUAAUCAUAUAUGCUAAUAGGAACAUUACAGAAUUGAUAUGAAUAUGAACAAAACUUGUAUAAGAUCACAGAUUUACAUAAAACUUACACGGUCUAAUGAUGAUGAUAGUAGAAAACAUCCCUUGUAAUAUUUCUGUCUGAAAUGUCAUAUUUGAUGAGAAAUAGAUGAAAUUAAUUUCCCGGUUGGAGGUUAUCGCUCAGUUUUUUUAAUCGAUGUGAAUGAAAAUGUGUACUCGCUUUUCACUAUUUUCUUGUGACCUAGAU